UUCGAUUUCUAUUUCUAUAUUCACACCGGUAACUUUGGAAUUUCCUUUUUGGUUAGGUUCUUUGAGCCUGUAUAUUGUUUCAAUUUAUUUAUUUUUUUCUAAGAAUCAGUAUCAGUAUAGGUAUUAUGGAUCAAGAUCUCGUAAGAUUUAACAUAGAAGCAGAUACUGCUCUGGAACAAAUUAAUUUGAUGAAGGAGAGUUUAAAAGGCAUUAAAAGUAAUAUCGAUGGAGUGUCUCUUCAACCUACUACCAGUGACGGGCAGUUGAAUAAACUUAUUACUGAAAAUAUUAAGCUUAAACAUCGUUUGUCAAUUUUAAAUAGAGCUAUUGCAGCACAGUCAGUGAAGAAAGCUCCAAACCUACCAAUGGAUGAAACCAGGCUUCAGAGCAUUAAUGAUAUCCUCACUUAUAUAUUUUCGAAUGCUAUUUCCGCUGCAUUUCCAGAUAUCACAGAUGCUCCAGUUGUAAUUGCUUUAUCUGGUGCAAAUCCCAAAUUUGGAGAUUACCAGUGCAACUCUGCAAUGCCUAUAGCUAACAUCUACAAGCAGUUGGGAAAAAAAGUUGUGCCAAGAGAUAUUGGCCAGAAAAUUGUAGAAAAUGUGCCUUCCCAUGAACUUAUCGCCAAAAUGGAAGUUGCUGGCCCAGGGUUUAUUAAUAUAUUUUUGAGUAAAAGCUUUGCUGUUAAGAAUUUGUCUCGUAUUUUUGAACAUGGCGUCAAAGCUCCUGAAGUACCUAAAAAAGUCAGGGUUUUAGUAGAUUUUUCAGCACCUAACAUUGCGAAAGAGAUGCAUGUAGGUCAUUUAAGGUCAACCAUUAUUGGAGAAAGUUAUAGUCGUUUACUGGAGUACCUAGGUCACGAUGUUAUAAGAAUAAACCAUGUUGGCGACUGGGGUACACAGUUUGGGAUGCUAAUUGCACAUCUAGAAGAUAAAUUUCCUGAUUUUUAUGUUAAAUCACCCCCAAUCUCUGAUUUGCAAGCGUUCUACAAGGAGUCCAAGUUAAGGUUCGAUUCUGAUGAAGAAUUUAAGAAGAGAGCUUAUGCCAGUGUUGUCAAAUUGCAAUCUUUUGAACCAAAACACAAAAAAGCAUGGGAGUUAAUUUGUGAUGUUUCACGACAAGAGUUUCAAAAGAUAUAUGAUAGGCUGGAUGUUUCAAUCAUCGAAAGAGGGGAAUCAUUCUACCAAAGCCGUAUGGAAAAAGUAGUAAAGGAGCUUGACGAAAGAGGACUACUAGAGUUAGAUGAAGGGCGUAAAGUAAUGUGGGGUGGCACAACAAUUCCACUUACAAUCGUAAAAAGUGACGGGGGCUUCACAUACGAUACCUCGGAUGUAGCUUGUAUAAAACAACGUCUCGAAGAAGAAAAAGCUGAAUGGGUCAUAUAUGUUACUGAUGCCGGCCAAGCCACACACUUUGAAACUCUGUUUGGGUGUGCCGUAAAAGCUGGCAUUUUGAAUCGAGCCAUUCAUCGUAUUGAUCAUGUUGGUUUUGGGGUUGUAUUGGGUGAAGAUAAGAAGAAGUUUAAAACUAGGUCAGGUGAUACUGUGAAGUUGUCGGCCUUGCUAGAUGAAGGAUUGAGCCGAGCGUUGGAUAAGCUAAAAGAGAAGGAAAGAGAUAAGGUAUUAACUCCCGAAGAAUUAAAGAAAGCUCAAGAAUCAGUAGCAUAUGGAUGCAUAAAAUACGCUGACUUGUCGCACAACAGAAAUCAUGAAUAUGUAUUCUCUUUCGACAAGAUGUUAGAUGAUAAGGGUAAUACAGCCGUCUAUCUUCUGUACGCAUUCACCCGCAUCAAGUCCAUAGCUCGAACUGCCAACUUCACAUCAGAAAAGAUCAAGGAAUUGAGUAAAACAAACAGUAUCACGUUGGAACAUGAAAAAGAAUGGAAGCUUGCGAAAGUCUUGAUGCGGUUUCCUGAUGUUCUUCUAAAAAUAACUAGGGAUCUGUUUCUCCAUCCCUUAUGUGAAUAUGUGUACGAAGUUUCCACUACGUUUAGUGAGUUUUAUGAUAAUUGUUAUUGCGUUGAAAAAGAUUCUUCUGGGGAUAUUAUUAAAGUAAAUGUUGGAAGAAUAUUACUUGCAGAAGCUACUGCCAUGGUUCUGGAACGCUGUUUUUAUAUUUUGGGUUUAAAACCUGUGGAAAAGAUGUAAAUACAUUUUUUAUGAUUUG